CGCAGGCAGGCAGGCAGGGGUAGAUUACGUUUUGAGGGAAACAAAAUAAUAUCUUUGUUGUUCCGUUUUGAGGGAGAUUGUGAGGACUGAGGAGGAGGUGGAGGAGAAAUGGCCUGCUGCAGGGUGCUACCAUUCCGAACUCUCAUGCUCACCGAGCUACGGCGAGUCUCUUCUAAAGCCACACCCUUCCCCUUUUCCUUAUCAUUCGUCGUCAAUCAGAUAUCUACUACGACACCCCCCAGAUGUAGAAUCACUAGACGAAUGCAUCAUCGCUUUAAUUGCUCUCAUCAUGAUGAAAACCUAUCGUCUACUGAAGACGACGGUGACCAAGAACCCCCUCAGGAAGCCGUUCUCAAGGUUAUUUCAGAAGUUUCAAAGACUGAAGGUAGAGUUGGCCAAACCACUAACAUGGUUCUUGGUGGUACAGUCACUGACGAUUCCUCCGAUGAGUGGCUCACUCUUGAUCAGAAGGUAAAUACUUACCCAACUGUAAGGGGGUUUACAGCAAUUGGAACUGGUGGUGACGAUUUUGUGCAAGCUAUGGUAAUUGCUGUUGAGUCAGUCGUUCAACAUCCAAUUCCACAGGGUAAUGUAAAGCAGAAAAUGUCAUCUGGUGGGAAAUAUGUCUCGGUGAAUAUUGGACCUGUUCAAGUCGUUUCCAGUGAGCAGGUUCAAGCUGUAUACAAUGCUAUGAGGAGAGAUGUUCGGAUGAAAUACUUUCUGUAGCACCUUUUAUAUACGCGUGUAACGCCCAUCAAGUUCAUAUGCCUUUUCUUUUUUUCCUUUCAUAUGCCCGGCUGUCUAACAAAGUUCUUUUUUCUGUACUCAAGUACAUUGCUGCUGUAGAAAAGUCAACACUUGUACUAGCAUCAUGCAUGCAUCAGUGAAAAGGUAUGUUGGGCAUCAUCAAUGAAAUUUCAACAGCUAUGUCAACAGACUGAUGGUGGCGCAAAGGGCUUAUUAGUAGUUAGAUGAUGGAUUCGUUACUUAUGACAUUCUUCAAAUUGUUAUGUAAGUUUUAUCUAAUAUAACCUUUUCAAAAUUAGUACAACACAGAUUGAACAGUUUGUCUUUCUAAAUUAUAUAAAAAAAAACAUAUACA